GUAGAUCCUCAAGCAAGUCACCGUUACCGCCGUUAAUAUAUCAAAACACCGAUGAACGAACCCUCUGCAUAGUUCUCUCUCUCUCUCUCACUCUCAUUUCCCCUCUGCGACCAUUGCUCUUUCUACCAUGGAGAAAGCAGUUCUGCUGCGCUCUAUAUCAUCUUCUACACCGCUCCUCUGUUCUCGAUUCUUCGCUCGCUCUCACCAUGGAAUCUCCGCUCGAUUCACCUCACUCUCGGCCAAGCGCCACCGCCUGCACCACACCUUCCAUCGCUGUCGCUGCGCAUCCAUCUUCGCCAACAACUUCCGGCUUACCCCCGCCUCCUCCUCCUCUCAUUCUCUGCUAUUCAGAAGGAAGUUUUCUCCUCUCUCCGCCCGAGCCUCGGCCUCUUCCUCGCCGCAGCUCUCUCCAGAAGCUAUUGGCUAUGACGAUGAAGUUUCUGAGAAGCUGGGAUUUGAGAAAGUGCGAGAGCAGUUUAUUGAUGAGUGUAAAUCAAGAGCUAUUCUGUACAAGCACAAGAAGACAGGCACGGAAAUUAUGUCUGUUUCAAAUGACGAUGAGAACAAAGUCUUCGGUAUUGUCUUCCGAACUCCUCCGAAAGAUUCAACUGGAAUUCCUCAUAUAUUGGAACAUAGUGUAUUGUGUGGUUCAAGAAAGUAUCCCCUAAAAGAACCCUUUGUUGAACUAUUGAAGGGCAGCUUGCACACUUUUCUGAAUGCAUUCACCUAUCCUGAUAGGACUUGCUAUCCUGUUGCGUCCACAAAUACCAAGGAUUUCUAUAACUUGGUAGAUGUGUAUUUAGAUGCUGUUCUUUUCCCCAAAUGUGUUGUGGACUUUCAAACUUUUCAACAAGAGGGCUGGCACUAUGAGCUGAAUGAUCCUUCUGAAGACAUCACUUAUAAAGGAGUUGUUUUCAAUGAGAUGAAGGGGGUAUAUUCACAGCCUGAUAACAUAUUGGGUAGGGUGUCCCAACAAGCUCUUUUUCCGGACAAUACAUACGGAGUUGAUAGUGGCGGGGAUCCACAAGUCAUUCCUAACCUGACUUUUGGAGAAUUUAAGGAAUUCCACCGCAAAUACUACCAUCCCAGCAAUGCCAGAAUUUGGUUUUACGGAGAUGACGAUCCUACUGAGCGUUUGCGCAUCCUAAGCAAAUAUUUGGACAUGUUUGAUGCUAGUUUAGCACCUCUAGAGUCGAAAAUUCAACCACAGAAACUAUUUUUUGAGCCAGUCAGGAUUGUUGAGAAAUAUCCUGCUGGCGAGGGUGAUGAUCUGAAGAAAAAGCACAUGGUUUGCAUUAACUGGCUGCUUACAGAGAAGCCCCUGGAUUUGCAAACUGAGCUUGCUCUGGAUUUCUUGGACCACUUACUGUUGGGAACUCCUGCUUCUCCGUUGAGAAAAAUCUUGUUAGAAAGUGGUUUAGGCGAUGCUAUAGUUGGAGGCGGUGUAGAAGAUGAGCUUCUCCAGCCACAAUUUAGCAUUGGUUUGAAGGGUGUCUCUGAAGAAAACAUACAGAAAGUAGAAGAAUUGGUUAUGAGCACCCUAAAAGAUUUGGCUAAAGAAGGAUUUGAUUCUGAUGCUGUGGAGGCGUCAAUGAAUACAAUCGAGUUCUCUCUUAGGGAGAACAACACUGGCUCGUUCCCUCGUGGACUAGCGUUGAUGCUACGCUCCAUUGGGAAGUGGGUUUAUGAUAUGGAUCCAUUUGAGCCUCUGAAAUAUAAGAAACCUCUCGAGGACCUGAAAGCCAGAAUAGCAAAGGAAGGAUCCAAAACGGUUUUUGCUCCUCUAAUAGAACAAUAUAUUUUGACUAACCCACAUCGAGUUACAGUUGAGAUGCAGCCUGAUCCUGAGAAGGCUUCCAGUGAUGAAGCAACUGAAAAAGAAAUUUUGAAUAAAGUGAAAUCAAGCAUGACAGCGGAGGAUCUUGCUGAGUUGGCACGAUCUACACAUGAGCUGCGGCUGAAGCAAGAAACACCUGACCCACCAGAAGCCUUAAAAACCAUACCAAGUCUUUCUUUACAAGAUAUUCCAAAAAAACCUGUACAUGUUCCCAUUGAGGUGGGUGAUAUCAAUGGAAUAAAAGUAUUGCGGCAUGACCUUUUUACAAAUGACAUUCUCUAUGCUGAAGUUGUUUUCAAUAUGAACCUUUUGAAGCCAGAGCUUGUCCCGUUGCUUCCACUUUUCUGCCAGUCACUGCUGGAGAUGGGAACAAAGAACAUGGACUUUGUUCAGCUGAGCCAGUUGAUCGGAAGGAAAACUGGAGGGAUUUCAGUAUACCCUUUUACAUCAUCAGUACGGGGCACAAUGGAUCCUUGUACCCAUAUGAUUGUUCGAGGCAAGGCCAUGUCUGGAAAAACUGAAGAUUUAUUCAACUUGAUCAACAAUAUCAUUCAAGAUGUCCAACUCACUGACCAAAAACGAUUCAAGCAAUUUGUUUCUCAAAGCAAAGCUAGAAUGGAGAACCGUCUAAGGGGCAGUGGGCAUAGCAUUGCAGGUGCUAGGAUGGAUGCAAAACUUAAUGCUGCAGGGUGGUUAUCUGAACAAAUGGGCGGUGUCAGCUACUUGGAAUUUCUGAGAAGCCUUGAAGAGAAAGUUGAUAACAAUUGGCCUGAAAUUUCUUCAUCUCUUGAAGAGAUACGGAGAUCCUUGUUUUCAAAAGAUGGGUGCCUGGUUAAUCUCACAGCUGACCAGAAAACUCUAAUGAAUGCUGAUCAACAUGUUAGCUCAUUCCUAGAUACACUUCCUAGUAAUUCUCUACAAGAACCUACUACAUGGAAUGGACGACUCUCUCCUGGAAAUGAAGCUAUAGUUGUGCCUACUCAAGUAAAUUAUGUCGGGAAGGCAGCAAAUCUAUAUGGAGCAGGUUAUGAACUCAAGGGAAGUGCAUAUGUUAUUUCGAAGUACAUAAGCAAUACGUGGCUAUGGGAUCGUGUACGAGUCAGUGGUGGAGCUUAUGGAGGGUUUUGUGAUUUUGACACCCACUCUGGUGUUUUCUCGUUUUUGUCUUACCGGGAUCCAAAUUUGAUGAAAACACUUGACGUGUAUAAUGGAACAAGUGAUUUCCUCAAAGAACUUGAAAUGGACGAUGAUGCCCUAACAAAGGCAAUUAUUGGGACAAUUGGUGAUGUUGAUGCAUACCAGCUCCCUGAUGCAAAAGGAUAUACUAGUUUACUUCGAUACUUAAUGGGGGUUACUGCAGAAGAAAGGGAAAAGAGACGUGAAGAGAUUUUAUCCACAAGGUUGUCCGAUUUCAAGGAGUUUGGCGAUGUUAUCCAAGCGGUAAAAGAUACCGGUGUUGUGGUUGCUGUGGCAUCGGCAGAGGACGUUGAUGCUGCCAACAAGGAACAUCCCAACUUCUUUCAAGUCAACAGAGCACUAUGAGAAUGAGUAAUCUUUCUUUUUUCAUAAUAGGAAGGAUUUUUUUACCCCACCCCCACUCUAUUAUUUUUCCUAGCAUUACAAUUACCAACAUGUGAUUGGGAGUACCAACGUUGUAAAUGUGUGCACUUCACCUCUUUUCACCUUAGCCAGUCAUUAGUUUUAGCGCACUUGCUUAUGUUUUACUGAGGAUUAUUACUUGACUAGUACCACCAUCUGCAUGGUGAAAAUUUCAGUCACCUUAGUGGGUCAUCAUAAUUGUUUCUACACAUAAAUGUACUUGUUAAUU